AUGGAAACAUCCAGCCCCGACCUCCCCACCGCCGCCGACCUACGGGCCUCAGAGCAACCCCAGCCUGCCCCCAUCGACAUGCUCGACCUCAGCGACGCCGCGGGGAGAGCAACACCGCCCGCGCGUCAACCAGCACGGGAGAUCUCCCCCUCCGCAACACCACCACCAUCGACGGCCGCGCUUCCCCCUGCAAAGGCGGCCAGUCCGUCCUCUUCCUCUCUGCUGGGCGGUUGGGGAGGCCUGAGUUCGGCGUGGGGUGGCUGGGUGGAUGUGGUGAAGAAGCAGAGCGAGGCGGUGGUUGAUGUUUACAAGCGAGAUAUAUCUGAAUUCGUCUCAACAAUGACAACCGAAUCCACCUCCCACUUCGACAAAAUCACCCACAGCCUCAAAGAAACCAUCCACGAAAUCACCGCUCCGGUCCCGGACCCCCCAUCCCCAUCCUCCCCACCCAAAAACCUAAACGAAACCUCCUCCGCCGUAGCCAUCGGCGACAUGUCCUUCAGCUCAUUCGGCGUGCCCCAAUCCCAGGAUGCGGACGAUGACGAUGGGGGAGGGGAGGGGGAGGGGGUGGGACUGAAGGAGAUUGGGGCGAGGUUGGAUAAGAUGGCGGAUGUGGCGGAUGAGUUUUUGCUGAAGAUUGGGGGUGGGGUUGCGGGGUUUUUGAGUAGUGCUGUGACGAUUAUUCCGGGGAUUGUGGAGGAUGACGAGGGAAAGAAGGGGAAGACGAAGGCUGGGGCGGGUGCUAAGAAGAAUAUCAUCUUCAACCGCAAAAGUGCGCUCGUCGCUGCCCUUCGCACCGACAUCACAACUUUCUCUGCAGAUCCAGCAAAGUCAACAGAUAAACAGCUCGCCUCCCGCUUCGAAUCAUACAAGCAGACCUUCUCGCUACCAAACCACGAAUCCCAAAUUACAAAAGUUCUCGAAGAAACCGCCGAAACAAAAACAUACCUGGACGAACUUGUCCCAGCAGACCUAUCCUACCCCGACUUCUGGCUUCGCUACUUCUUCCGCGUCGCCGAAGUCGACCGCGAAGAAGAAACCCGCAAACAGCUCCUCGCCAAUGCCGCCGCGGCGGGAGACGCUGGAGAGGCUGAUGAUUUCUCGUGGGGGUCGGAGGAUGAAGAUGAGGAGGAAGGGCGGCAGCAGGGCGGGAGCAAGAAAGAUGCGGGGGUCGCAGAAGGGAAGGACGCGGACGCGAUGCCAAAACCGUCCGAGUCCGCUUCGGUAGAAACAGCACCGGCGCCGUCCGAUUCUACUCCGGCCUCGGAGAAAGCUGCUGCGACACAACAACCCCCAUCACCAUCCCCACCAUCUCCUAACGCAGUCGCACAUCAGCAACCCGAAACCAACAAACCCGACAGCCCCUUCCCCUCCCCCUCCCCAUCCCCCUCCCCACCGCAACCCACCUUCACCAUCCCUCCACCCGCCACAUCAGCCCCCAAGACAACCAUCACAGAACCCGAGGUCGACUCAAUAGAAACAACAGGCGUCAGUUCCCCAUCCACAGAAAGCUUCGAGGUCGUCAAUCGGAGCGGGAGUAGCAGUACUGGCGGGGAGACGGCGUCGCAGAGCGGUGGUGGCGGUGGGAAGCGGCAGACCGGUGAUGGCGAUGAGGUGGAGGAGGAGGAAGAGGAUGGGUGGGGCGAGUGGGAGUGA